AUGGCAAAUUCUGAAAGAGCUGAAGAAAUGCAAGAAAAUUAUUGGAGAAAUGGUACGCUACAAGAACAACUGCCUAAAGUGAGAAAGCAAGCUGUCGGAUCUAUCGAGAUAUUCCGCUUUGCUGAUGGACUGGACAUCUCACUCAUGAUCCUGGGAAUACUGGCGUCACUGGUAAAUGGAGCAUGUCUUCCUUUAAUGUCACUGGUUUUAGGAGAAAUGAGUGAUAACCUUAUAAGUGGAUGUCCAGUCCAAACCAAUACAACAAAUUAUCGGAACUGUACCCAGUCUCAAGAGAAGCUGAAUGAAGAUGUAAUUGUGUUGGUCCUGUAUUAUGUUGGAAUAGGAGCUGCUGCCUUGAUUUUUGGCUACAUGCAGAUUUCCUUUUGGAUGAUGACUGCAUCGCGACAGACCAAGAGAAUUCGAAAACAGUUUUUUCACUCAAUUUUGGCGCAGGACAUCAGCUGGUUUGAUGGUUGUGACAUCGGUGAACUUAAUACUCGCAUGAUGAAUGACAUCAACAAAAUAAGCGAUGGCAUUGGAGACGGGAUUGCUCUGUUGUUUCAAAACCUGUCUACUUUUUCUAUUGGCCUGGUGGUUGGUUUGGUGAAGGGCUGGAAACUCACCCUGGUGACUCUGUCCACGUCUCCUCUUAUAAUGGCUUCGGCGGCAGCAUGUUCUAGGAUGGUCGUCUUGUUGACCAAUAAGGAAUUAAGUGCCUAUUCCAAAGCCGGGGCUGUAGCAGAAGAAGUCUUGUCAUCAAUCCGAACAGUGAUAGCCUUUGGGGGCCAGGAGAAAGAGCUUCAAAGGUAUACACAGAAUCUCAAAGAUGCAAAGGAUGUUGGCAUAAAAAGGGCUAUAGUUUCGAAACUGUCUCUGGGUGCUGUGUACUUCUUUAUGAAUGGAACCUAUGGACUUGCUUUUUGGUAUGGGACCUCCUUGAUUCUUAGCGGAGAACCUGGUUAUACCAUCGGGACCGUUCUUGCUGUUUUCUUUAGCGCAAUUCAUGGUAGUUAUUGCAUUGGAGCAGCAGCCCCUCACUUUGAAACCUUCAACAUAGCUCGAGGAGCCGCCUUUAAUAUUUUUCAGGUUAUUGAUAAGAAACCCAGUAUAGAUAACUUUUCAACAACUGGACAUAAACCUGAAUGCAUAGAAGGAGCUGUGGAAUUUAAAAAUGUUUCUUUCAGUUAUCCAUCAAGACCAUCUAUCAAGAUUCUGAAAGGUCUGAAUCUCAAAAUUAAGUCUGGAGAGACAGUAGCCUUCGUUGGCCCCAAUGGCAGUGGGAAGAGUACGGCAGUCCAGCUUCUGCAGAGGUUAUACGAUCCCGAUGACGGCUUUAUCACGGUGGAUGGGAAUGACAUCAGAGCUUUAAAUGUACGACAUUAUCGAGAACAUAUUGGAGUGGUCAGCCAAGAGCCUGUUUUGUUCGGGACCACCAUCAGUAACAAUAUUAAGUAUGGACGAGAUGGUGUGACUGAUGAAGAGAUUGAGAAAGCAGCAAAGGAAGCAAAUGCUUAUGAUUUUAUAAUGGAGUUUCCUAACAAAUUUAAUACGUUGGUAGGGGAAAAAGGAGCUCAAAUGAGUGGAGGUCAGAAACAGAGGAUCGCCAUUGCUCGAGCUUUAGUUCGAAACCCGAAGAUUCUGAUUUUAGAUGAGGCUACAUCUGCCCUUGAUACGGAAAGCGAGUCAGUUGUUCAGGCUGCACUGGAGAAGGCAAGCAAAGGUCGGACCACAAUUGUGGUAGCACAUCGACUUUCCACGAUUAGAAGUGCAGAUCUGAUUGUGACCAUAAAGGAUGGGAUGGUGGCAGAGAAAGGAACACAUGCUGAACUAAUGGCAAAACAAGGUCUAUAUUACUCACUUGCAAUGUCACAGGAUAUCAAAAAAGCUGAUGAACAAAUGGAAUCAACGACACGUUCUACUGAAGGAAAUACCAGCUCCAAUCCUCUGUGCCCCAGGAACAGCGUCAAGCGUCAGACAGCGUCAGACUUCACUGACGAGUCUGAGGAAUCCAUCCACUAUAAAGAGGCAAGUCUUCCUGAAGUUUCUCUGUUAAAAAUUUUUAAGUUAAACAAGUCUGAAUGGCCUCUUGUGGUUCUGGGUACAUUGGCUUCUAUUCUAAAUGGAACUGUUCAUCCAAUAUUUUCCAUCAUCUUUGCAAAAAUUGUAACGAUGUUUGAAAAUAAUGAUAAAACUACAUUAAAGCAUGAUGCAGAAAUUUAUUCCAUGAUAUUUGUCAUUUUGGGUGCUAUUUGCUUUGUCAGUUAUUUCAUGCAGGGAUUAUUUUUUGGCAGAGCAGGGGAAAUCUUAACCAUGAGGUUAAGACAUUUGGCAUUUAAAGCCAUGUUAUAUCAGGAUAUUGCCUGGUUCGAUGAUAAGGAAAACAGCACGGGAGCCUUGACAACAAUAUUAGCUACAGAUACAGCAAAAAUUCAAGGAGCAACAGGUUCAAGGGUUGGUGUCUUAACACAAAAUGCAACUAACAUGGGAUUGUCAGUUAUCAUUUCCUUUAUAUAUGGAUGGGAGAUGACACUCUUGAUUCUGAGUAUUGCUCCAGUACUUGCUCUGACAGGAAUGAUUGAAACCUCAACAAUGACUGGAUUUGCCAACAAGAAUAAGCAAGAACUUAAGCGAGCUGGAAAGAUAGCAACUGAAGCUGUGGAGAAUAUACGUACUAUAGUGUCGUUAACAAGAGAAAAAGUCUUCGAGCAAAUGUAUGAAGAGACACUUCAGACUCAACACAGAGUUUUUACUGCAAUUGCAUAUGGAGCUAUGGCCAUUGGAGAAACAUUUGUUUUGGCACCUGAAUAUUCCAACGCCAAAUCUGGGGCUGCACAUCUUUUUGCUUUGUUGGAAAAGAGACCAACCAUAGACAGCAACAGUCAAGAAGGGAAAAAACCAGACACAUGUGAAGGGCAUUUGGAGUUUCGAGAAGUCUCUUUUUUCUAUCCAUGUCGCCCAGAUGUUUUCGUCCUUCAUGACUUAUCCCUCAGUAUUGAGAAAGGGACAACAGUAGCAUUUGUUGGGAGCAGUGGCUGUGGGAAGAGCACUGCUGUUCAACUUCUGCAGAGAUUUUAUGACCCUGUGAAAGGACAAGUGCUGUUCGAUGGUGUAGAUGCAAAGGAACUGAAUGUGCAGUGGCUGCGUUCCCAAAUAGCAGUCAUCCCUCAAGAGCCGGUGCUCUUCAACUGCAGCAUUGCCGAGAACAUCGCCUAUGGUGAUAACAGCCACGUGGUGCCAUUGGAGGAGAUCAAAGAAGUAGCGAAUGCAGUAAACAUUCAUUCUUUCAUUGAAGGUCUCCCUGAGAAAUACAACACGCAAGUUGGACUGAAAGGAGCACAGCUUUCUGGCGGCCAGAAACAAAGACUAGCUAUUGCAAGGGCUCUUCUCCAGAAACCAAAAAUUUUAGUGUUGGAUGAGGCCACUUCAGCCCUUGAUAAUGAGAGUGAAAAGGUGGUUCAGCAUGCCCUUGAUAAAGCCAGGAUGGGGAGGACAUGCCUAGUGGUCGCUCACAGACUCUCCACGAUACAGAAUGCAGAUUCGAUAGUGGUUCUGCAUGAUGGAAAAAUAAAGGAACAGGGAACUCAUCAAGAGCUCCUGAGAAAUCGAGAUAUAUACUUUAAAUUAGUAAAUGCACAGUCAGUGCAGUGA